AUGGCUCCAAAACGGCUCAAUAAAAAGCAGGCAGAGCCCAUCAAAGAGGAGCACUCCGAGGGUACAAUAAAGAGCAACAGCCCUACCUCUACUCGCAAAAAUCUUCGGUCGCAACAACUACGCUCUUUUGUUACAAUCGCCAACCAGACUCUCUCGGUCGACGCGAUCGAAAAUCCUCAUUCCUCUCUUCCAGAGCCUAUCGCACUCCCAGGGACCAGAGCCCAGAAGCAAAAGGAUCCUAUCGACGACAAGCACUCGCAACGACGAUCAGACAAAGAUUUGCCAGGUAUAUUAUUACCCACCGCGAUGGUCAGCCCGCCAGAGGAUAGGGGUACUGAGCGAUCGGAUGAUCCCAAAGAGUGGUAUUCAAAGAAACGACAUCCAUAUCUGCCAAAACUUCAGCUCACCGCGGUAAAUCUAAAGAGGCUUCAAGGCCAACUGAAGACGCCCAGCGAGAUGGUUAUUACUCCUGCACGUCGAGGUAGGAAGCGGAGAGUUGCACCACUGCCGGGAGCAAGCCAUUCAACUUUGUUCCCAGACUCAACAACCAGGAGCCUAUCACCAAACGGUGCAGCUAGUACCUAUCGCUUCAAAACUCUUCGUCGCGCCAGGAUAUUUGUUCGCCCUGAACCUCCGUCGGCAGAGAUUCAGUCCCAUUUGAAUUAA